UCAAGCCUCGAGCUGUUUCUGUUGGGAAGCGUGGCGAACGGCAACGCCGGCUAACGAUCUCAUUCAUUUAAAUUAAAACACCCAACACGAGUGGAUAUUUCGAUACAUCGUUCACAUAUUUGUUAAACAUGCCGUGUCGAAAGGAGAACUAUAUCUUUUUGGAACAAUCGGUGACCGUGGAUUCCAAGGAAGUAGACGCUCUCGUGUCCAAGAUCGGCGAGGCGCUGCAGCUUCACAACAAUAGCUCGAUGUCACGUCUCAACGGGCUCGCGGGCGGUACCGGCGUCAAAACGAACAACGCAAACAUGGGCAGUGGUUCGCGGCGCAACGGACGCUGCGUCCGGCUCCGCACCCGGAGUUUACGCACCAGCCGAGCCAGUCCAUACAACCCGCCCGGGUCCAGCGAUCAGGAGUGGGAUCAUUUUAAAUCUUCGUGGAACCGAAGGAAAAUCGACGUCACGACGGACGAAGACGACCCGCAUCAGCUUCUCCAGGAACUCAUAUUGUCGGGUAACCUAAUCAAGGAAGCGGUCAGACGGCUUCAGUUUUCAUCGGAACCGCUGGAGCACGACAUAUCUAAACCCGUAGAGUGACUUCACAUCGUGCGAACCUCCUCGCGUUUGAAUCAAGCCUGCUGGCUGAUUGCGAGGCACAUUGGGAUCGUUUUAGCUGGAACUUUUACGAACUUUGCAAUCACACCCUUAUCAUUUUUCUAUUGUAUAUAUUGAUGGGAUGAAAAUGUUAUGUAUUUCCACUGUUUUUCAAUGUAUCCCACCUAUAGUUCUUUGAGCACUCUUUUUAAUGAGUUAUUUCAGUGUCCAGAUUGAAAUCUAAUGAUUUAUACCAACGGAUUUACUAUAGUAUUAUCUGGCCCCUGGCUGGUUUGUCCUGGAAUGAAUGAGUAAUUUUGUUUUGGCUCGCUGAACGUCAGCAGCACGUGUUGGUGUAGCAAACAAGAAUUGCUCAGCUGCUGUGUUUACAGUGUAGAUGUGGUGGGACUGUUGGCUUGUAGUCCUCGCCUAGAUCGGACGACGGGUCCCUUUUUGUUUACUCACUUUGAACCUUUAGAAACUUUUGUAAGACAAUAUCACUAUUUUGAUUUCAAACUGGCCCUCUGUGAACCUUACUUGGGCCCAUGUCCCUGUACAUGGAGAAAGAACAACACUCCUUAAACUGGAAUCCUUAUCAAACUCGCCAGUACGUGAGCAAAUUGGGAGUGGGACAUGAACACAACACAAUAACACACUGGUGCUGUUCUUGAUUCCAAUGUGGAGUUCUCAUGUUUUUUUGUUUUCACUUAUUGUGUAAACAGCUUGUAUACUUCGCAACGAAGUGUUUUUAAUAACUCUGAUUAUUCAGAGGGGUUGGUAUCUAAUAAAUGUGGUGUUUUUGCAUAA